CGCAAAGCCAGUCGACAAGCGCACGCGCAUCGCGCAAAACGUAUAACGUGUUACAAAGUUUCCGACGCGCUGACAUAACUAUUACUGGUGCGUCUCGUUUCAAACGGAUCUACUCAAUAGUCAUAGUCGUAAGGUCCAUUUCCGAUUGCAACGGGCGUGUCAUAGAAAGGCAGCAGGAUGGGGGCGAUGUUCAGGAGCGAGGAGAUGGAGCUGUGCCAGCUCUUCAUCCAGCCAGAGGCCGCAUACACCUCGGUCUCCGAGCUUGGUGAAGCCGGCACCGUGCAAUUUAGAGAUUUAAAUCCUGACGUGAACGCUUUCCAGCGUAAAUUCGUGAACGAAGUUCGACGAUGCGACGAGAUGGAACGCAAACUCCGCUACAUAGAGGCGGAGGUGCACAAGGACGGUGUACACGUGCCCGAAGUAAAGGAGCCGCCCCGAGCCCCCAACCCAAGGGAGAUUAUCGACCUUGAGGCACAUUUAGAAAAAACCGAGAACGAAAUCCUCGAGCUGUCACACAAUGCUGUGAACCUGAAACAGAACUACUUGGAACUCACGGAGCUGCGACAUGUGCUGGAGAAAACAGAGGCCUUUUUCUUGGCACAGGAAGAGAUUGGCAUGGACUCUUUGACCAAAUCGUUGAUCUCUGACGAGGCGGGACAACAGCAAGCCACCCGUGGCCGUUUAGGUUUCGUGGCCGGAGUGGUUCAACGUGAAAGAGUUCCUGCAUUCGAGCGGAUGCUGUGGCGCAUAUCUCGCGGCAACGUAUUCCUGCGACGCACUGACUUGGACAAACCAUUGGAAGACCCUGCUACUGGUAACGAGAUAUACAAAACGGUGUUCGUAGCGUUCUUCCAAGGCGAGCAAUUGAAGUCGCGCAUCAAGAAAGUAUGCGCCGGAUUCCACGCGUCACUGUAUCCCUGUCCACCUUCCAAUGCCGAAAGACAGGAUAUGGUCAAAGGAGUUCGGACUAGACUAGAAGACCUCAAUAUGGUGCUGAAUCAAACCCGGGACCACCGUCAGCGAGUAUUAGUGAGCGUGGCCAAGGAAUUAGCCAGUUGGUCCAUAAUGGUCCGCAAGAUGAAGGCAAUCUACCACACGCUGAAUUUAUUCAAUAUGGACGUCACAAAGAAGUGCUUGAUCGGCGAAUGCUGGGUCCCUACCGCUGAUCUACCAAACGUGCAGAAAGCUUUGGCUGAUGGAUCUAACGCAUGCGGCAGUUCGAUCCCGUCGUUCCUGAAUUGUAUCGAGACGGACGAGGAGCCGCCGACGUUCAACCGCACUAACCGGUUCACACGUGGAUUCCAGAACCUAAUCGACUCAUACGGAGUCGCCACGUAUCGCGAGUGCAACCCUGCUCUAUAUACGAUCAUAACGUUCCCGUUCUUGUUCGCUGUGAUGUUCGGUGACUUCGGUCACGGUAUGAUAAUGGCGCUCUUCGGCGGUUGGAUGGUGGCCAAAGAAGUUAAACUCGCCGAAAAAAAGUCUAGCAACGAAAUCUGGAACAUUUUCUUCGCCGGCCGCUACAUCAUCCUCCUCAUGGGCUGCUUUUCUAUGUACACUGGACUGAUUUACAACGAUAUAUUCUCCAAGUCUAUGAACAUCUUUGGGUCGGCGUGGUACGUGCCAUACGAUAAUGAGACGUUGAAUAACAACGCUGCGCUCACUUUGGACCCUAAGGACUCGUACGUAGACGUCCCGUAUUUCAUGGGCAUUGAUCCUAUUUGGCAGACGGCUGAUAACAAGAUUAUUUUCCUGAACUCUUACAAAAUGAAGCUGUCCAUUAUUUUCGGUGUUAUCCACAUGAUCUUCGGUGUCUGCAUGAGCGUCGUCAACUACAACUUCUUCAAGCGUCGCUACUCCAUCUUUCUGGAAUUCAUCCCACAGAUUGUGUUCCUCUGCCUGCUCUUCUUGUACAUGGUAUUCAUGAUGUUCUACAAAUGGGUCGCUUAUAGUACUUUCUCUAAAGAUGAAGCCUACACCCAAGGCUGCGCACCUUCUGUGCUCAUCCUCUUCAUCAACAUGAUGCUGUUCUCCAGCACCGAACCCCCACAAGACUGCAAGGAAUUCAUGUUUGAAGGGCAAGGAACUAUACAGCGAGUGUUCGUACUGAUCGCAUUGUGCUGCAUCCCAGUUAUGUUGCUAGGGAAACCGUUGUACCUAUUGAGCGCUUCCAAGAAGAAGAAUCAACACAAGCCUGAAAACUCAAACGGCAACGUGAACCAAGGCAUAGAAAUGCAAGAACAGACGGAUAUCACCGAAGUAGAGCAGAAACCUCAGUCUAAAGCCGCAGAAAGUCACUCGCACGAAGACGAGCCGUUCAGCGAGAUCAUGAUCCAUCAAGCGAUCCACACUAUCGAAUACGUGCUCAGCACUAUAUCUCACACGGCGUCUUACCUAAGAUUGUGGGCGUUGUCACUCGCUCACGCCGAGUUAUCCGAAGUACUAUGGAACAUGGUGCUUAAGUUCGGCCUAGCGAAUCACGACUACGUAGGCGCCGUAAAGUUGUACGUGGCGUUCUUGUUCUGGGCGCUAUUUACGCUGGCCAUCCUCGUCAUGAUGGAAGGUUUAUCCGCUUUCCUGCAUACCCUGCGUUUGCAUUGGGUGGAGUUCAUGAGCAAGUUCUACACCGGUCUGGGCUACAUAUUCCAGCCGUUCUGCUUCAAGACGAUCCUCGAACAAGAGGAUAGAGAAGAUUAGAUUAUAUGAUUAAAACAAACAGUGAAACGUAGUCUAGUGAAACAGUAUUGAUUAAUUGUUGCUUGCGCAAGUCGCAACGGUCACAAAUGUGUUGAAAUA